UUGAACUUUCUGUGCUUCUGUGCUGUAUGUUACGUAUGUUACGCAGUCGUGAGAAAGAAUGAAAGAAUAAUAAUAUUAUUAUGUGAUAAUUGUAUAAUACUGUAUGUUUAUAAAUUGUAUAGGUUAAAUGAACAUCCAAGUUUAUGAGCCAAGGAAUUGGACUCGCUGCACAAAUACAUCAAAGUUGUUGCGGCGUGCGGUACCGCGGUACGACCACAAGCGAAAUGGCCCAUUAUUGGAUUGAAGAAAAUAUAAUCAAAACUGAAGAUGUCAACUAUAAUUUCGAUGGACUUGGUGGUAUUGGACAUGUGUUUUUUGAGAAGAUGAAAAAGCAAGGACUGAAAAUUGCACAGAUUCUGGCUUCAACUGGAGAGCGAGAUACAUUCGAGUCCCUUUUACAAAGAUGCAUCAGGUGUGCUAUAGCACUGCAAAAGAAAGGAAUAAAAAAAGGCGACAUCGUAACCGGCUGUUCUGAUAAUCACCUUGACGCAUGCGUACCAAUAAUUGCUUCAUUCUUUAUUGGUGCCAUCCCGUGCUCUUUGGAUCCAACUCUUUCCAACAUAGAGUUAGAGAAGCUGAUAUCUGCGGUCCGACCAAAAAUCAUCUUCACUGUGAGGGAUUCCCUCAAAGAAAUCAAGUACUUUGCUAAAAAAUUGGAGCUAAAGAGCGAGAUUGUGGUGUUUGGAGAAACUAGUGAAUUCACGCCAUUUUCUGAUUUUGUCGAACCACAAGAAUUAGAAAAUGACUUUAAACCAAUAAUCAUUAAAGAUCACAUGGAAACAGCAGUUAUUUACUUCAGUAGUGGUACUUCUGGGUUUCCAAAAGGUAUAUGCCUAAACCAUUAUUAUUAUCUACAUCAUUCUCCACUUGUACCGCAGCCUAUAAACAACGAUGUAGAUACAACUAGAAGACAGUUCGAAAUGAAAAUGAGGGAGGGUCCUAUAAGCUUCUUAACAUAUGGUUCUCUCUACUGGAACUCUUCGGGCAUGGGACUGUUUAUGUCAGCAAUUACUGGAGUUACUAGGUUGUUAUGUAGCAGUUUUGAUCCUCAAGAAUUUUGGUACUUAGUUGAUAAGUAUAGGGUCUUUAACGUAUUUUUAAGUCCAUUCCAAGUAUCAGAACUGGUUAAAAAUGGAAAACCAACAGAUACCAACUGUGAUACCUUAGUAAGAAUAAUCACCGGCGGUUCUGCAUUGUCCAAGGAGAAGAUAUUUGCUCUACAAGAGUUGUUACCCGAAACUGAUAUUAUCCCUACGUACGGACAAACUGAAGUAGGAAUUUUGACAAGUUUUCAAGUUCAUCAUAAAACGCAGAGGCAAUUAUACAAGAAUAAUCCAGAUAUCGUUGGUAUACCAAUUAGAGGCAUAUGGUACAAGGUUGUAGACCCAGAAACCCGUGAGAUCCUUGGUGCCAAUCAACCCGGAGAACUGCUAAUCAAAGCAAAAACGGUAAUGAAUUGCUAUUACCAAAGAGACUGUAGCAAUAGAUACGAUAAAGACGGAUGGUUCAGAACUGGAGAUGUCGUUAAAUACGACGAAGACUGCAACUUCUACGUAGUAGAUAGAGUGAAAGAAAUGCUUAAGUAUAGAGGUUGGCAUAUUCCGCCUGCAAUUUUGGAACUGGAACUAUCACAUCAUCCUGCUGUGCGACAAUCUGUGGUGAUAGGAAGAAAGCACGAAGAAGAUGGCGACCAUCCUAUGGCGAUAGUAGUUCUGGAAAAUGAAUACAAAGGAAAAGUAACCGAAGAAGAUAUAGCGAAGUAUAUUGAAGAAAGAGUUCAAGAUAAGCAAAGGUUGCGUGGUGGAGUGAUGUUUGUCGAUAGUAUACCGUUAACACCUUCUGGAAAAGUCAAAAGGAACGAACUAAGAGACCUAGCCGAACAACAGUAUUGCUGGAGGUAUUCCAAACGGCCCUCUAUAGGUAAUUUUUAUUAGUAGAGGAUCAGAAAUAAGGUCGACCUCCACACCGACCUGUUUAAUGGAUAAAAAUUAAUGGACAUGUAAUUUAGUAUAUUAAAAAAUAUAAAAAAAACAAGGGUGCCCGAUAUAAUUUUGUCCUGGCUAUAAAUAUGUUAUUAAUAUGUAAUUAAAAUGAUUUUUUUAUAAAUAAAAACAAAAUCGGCCCGGGUAUAGGUAUAUUAUUUUAGAUUUUUUGGAUCAUUCGAAACAAAAAAGUAUUUGGUAAUUUUUCUCUAAGUUGAUGGUUUUACAGUUAUAAGCAGUUUAAAACUGAAUAAAAAACAAAAAAUAACCAUUUUUACUGCUCAAAAAUACAAGUUAAAAAUAUUAUUUUUGUAAUUAUGAACUACCUAAAUUCAUCGGAAGUAGAAAUCAACUCGGGAAUCAAGGAGAUAGCUUGAGCCCAUUGCUUUAUAAUUUAGUAAUGGACAAAAUCAUAACAAACAUUAAAGCUAGGUACUGGAAAAGGAUAUAAGAUGGCAGAAUAGAAAAACGAAUAAAAAUCCUCUGUUAUGCUGACGACGCAAUCUUAAUCUCCUAUAACGAGGAAAACCUACAGAGAAUGGCACAAACUUUCAAUGCAGUGGCGAAGAACUACAGCAUGAAAAUAUCAACAGCUAAGACAAAAUGCCUGGUAGUGUCAAGGGAACCCAUAAGAUGCAAAUUAGUAAUUAACUACAAACUAAUUGAACAAGUCUCGAGAUUCGAAUAUCUGGGUGUCGGAAUAUGUAGUUAUGGAGAUGUUAAAGAGAGCGUCCGAAAGCAAGCAAAUAAAGCCAAUUACGUAUCAGGAUGUCUUAAUUCAAUUAUUAUGACAUCUUUUUGUUUAAAUAUAUAUGUAAAUACCUGUUAGUCAACUAGCCUACUUCCUUGAGUUUCCACAGCAUCGUAAAAUGCCUGGUCUAGGUCGGUAGUUACCGCUGUCGGAGUACAUGUGACUACAUCGUCAGUAAUAAACGUAACUGCACUAAGACUUCUUGCACAGCCAGUAUGGAAACAGCUUUCACAAAUACUGCACUUUACACCA